AUAUAUAUAUACACACACACACACACAUGGUUUCUCACAAUUGAUUGAUUCAUGGAUCUUUAGUUAUUGCAAUUUGCAGCUGAGAAGAUGUUUACGCUACCUACUUCUACGAUGCCUAAUUCUUUGCAAACCCACGUGAGGAAUUUCCUCAAGAAAGGCAAAGUCAACAACUUGAAGAAGAAAACCCCCAAGAAUUCAUGUGUUCUUCAUCACAUCUCAUCUUACAUAGCCAUGGAUGUGACAAAUCAACUCAAGCAAGUCUUCAAAUUCUUUGAUAUUGAUGGCGAUGGCAAGAUUUCUCAAUUGGAGCUCACAAAUGUGUUGUUGACUUUCGGCCAUGAAAAGUCUAUGGCCACCAUGGAAGCUCAAGGGAUCCUGAAAGAGGUCGACUUUAAUGGAGAUGGGUUCAUUGACUUGGAUGAAUUCAUGACUAUUAUGGAUGCUUCCAACCCAGUUUUUGCUGUUUCCAAGCAAGAUAAUGGUGGUGGUGAUGAUGAUGAUCUUAGAAAUGCUUUCAUGGUGUUUGAUAGUGAUAAGAAUGGACUAAUUUCUGCAAAGGAGUUGCAAAGGGUGCUCAUGAGUCUUGGAUGUAGCAAUUCCAAGCUUGGACAAUGUAGAAAAAUGAUUAAAGGUGUUGAUAAAGAUGGGGAUGGGUUUGUUAACUUUCAAGAGUUUAAGUCAAUGAUGUCCAUUGGCAUCAACUAAGGUUUGAUUAAUUAGUUUCUCAUGCCUUCAAGACUUGUACAUCAUGCAUUCAAGACUUGUAAUGUACUACCCCUACAUAUGUAUGCUGAGAAAACAAAUUAUAGAUGUUAUUUCCAACAACUUAUCU